UAACAGGCCACUCGCAUAGUUGGACAGUAAAACAGUUGUUGCAUCACUAUAUGUCCACUUAGAAUUACUGAGACAUAGAGGACAAUUCCAGUUGAUCUCAACAUAGAUGAAGUGUUAGGUUGUCAAGGGCCAAAAUGGGAUCUCUUACAAAUGACAUCAAUCAAGAUUUUCAGGAUGCCAUUGAUGUAAUUCAGCGCCACUCUCUGCACAACGACACAGAAAUAAAAUACUAUGAAAAUUUGGAAAGUCAACACUCCCCUGGUCGACAUGCAAUUUCAUACUAUCAGUUCACACCCCAUUUUGAACCCCCAGGAUCUGCAUAUGAAUGGAAUGAAUCCUCAUCAUGGUCAUCUCACAUUGUGCCAGAAGUGUCUCUGAGUGCCCUGAGUUCAACACCUUCACCAUUUUAUUCAAAUUUACCACUGCGCCACAGUAAAGGCCGCAAGAAGUUACGUUUAUAUGAGUAUCUGCACGAGGCGCUCAAUGACGACAACAUGUGCGACUCCAUUCAGUGGACAGACAGAGGGAACGGCAUCUUCCACUUCAUCUCGAAAAAUAAAGAAAAACUGGCCGAGUGCUGGGGUCAACGCAAGGGCAACCGUAAAACCAUGACCUACCAGAAAAUGGCACGCGCCCUACGCAACUACAGCCGCACGGGUGAGAUCGUAAAAGUGCGGCGCAAACUCACCUAUCAGUUUAACCCCGCAAUACUGCAGAGACUGAGUUCAGUAUCGGUCUACACCUCGGGCCCUACUUCCAGGGAAGUUACCCUUCAUCAGCAAACGUCUGCUGCCGAUCAUGUGUACUACAGUUCAGCUGUACCUGACUGUCAUUACUGGUACGGCCAGUACUCUUACCAGGGCGAUUAUGACCUCGCCACUGUAUUAACGAUGCAUCAGGACCCAAAACAGGGGUGAUUUCUCAAUGCAAACAAUCACUUUCAUUGCACAAAUUCUGAAAAAUACUGUUUCUUUUGCAAAGUUAGAAAUGAAAACAUUUUACAUGGCCAGAAAAAGCAAGCAUUAAUGUGUACAGUGCCUGAAAAUAUGUGGACAUACACAUUGGCCUCAGGAAAAUAGUUGGACACUUUUGACGUUUAAAAAUGCACGAAUGGCAUUGAAUGACAACAUACUUGUAUUGUAAAAUGUUUUGCUUAAUAAGUGUGUUUGUACCACUGUGUAUUAAAUAGUAAAGUACUUCCACCUUGUUUAAUUAUUUCAUACAGAAUGCAAGGCCAUGUAUACUUUUUUCUAUUUAACAUAUGCAAUAGAUCUUGGGUCCUCAACUGGUGGUCCAGGGACCCUUGGGGGUAUUACUGGGGGUUCUCCAAAUAUUGUGUGAAUAUGC